UCCGGGCUCCGGUUGCUUUCUAGACGAGACGACUGUGGUGAUCUUAUCUUUUUGUCGAGGGGAAAAGACGCUCCCUGCUUAAUGGGCCGGACCAGUUAACAAGUAGCCCAAAUUGUAACUGUGCCGGGCCGGUCGCGGAUUAUAUUCGCGAUCCAAUUCACGAGCUGCUGAGGGGGUAGGGGGUCUUUGGUAAUUUGACGACUAGGGAGAAAAGGGGAUUCGGACGGCCGACGGCGGCGAUCGGGAGUGGGGGCGGAGGCCGGAGAGGGAAGGGGCGAUGGAGGAGGGUGUGACGGGGAGCGGCGGGGGGAUUGGGCGGAAGAUGGCGGCGGGGGAGGUGGAGCUGAAGGAGAAGGCGGGGACGGCGUGGAGCCACUCGUACCUGAACCAGAAGCCGUGGCACCCGCUCUCCUACCCGAACCAGCGCCGCAAGUGGAUCGCCGAGCAGACCUACGCCAACCGGGAGCGCCGCCAGGAGGAGGUGCAGCGGGAGUUCGCACAGGAGCAGGAGUUCUUCCGCCAGACCGCACUCUUCUCCAAGAAGGACAAAGAGAAGAUGGAGGUAAUGAAAGCUGUGAGUUUCAUGUAUGUGCGCCCACCUGGCUACAAUGCAGAGAGUGCAAAAGCAGCUGAAAUUGAAGAUGAGAAGAAGAGGUCAGAUCCAGGUGACAUGGCUCAAGGUGCUGCAGCAGCAAGUACCUCUUCAAUGCCUGAUAAGGGACUUGAAAAGGCCCAGUCAGGUGCAGAUAAGAAAAAUAGGCCGAAAGAUGUUUUCGGUCGGACAUUGCCAACAGAACAAGAAUUUGAAGUUCUCAAAAAUGCUCCAAGGUUGGACACAGGUGCUCCUGUGAGGAUUAAACCAUUUGGAGUUGAAGUUCGUAAUGUUAGAUGUUUAAGAUGUGGAAACUACGGCCACCAGAGUGGUGAUCGGGAAUGUCCCUUGAAGGAUGCGAUCAUGCCUAAUGAGGAGAGUCGUUUGAAAAGGGAUGAUCCACUUACAGCUAUAAUGGCGCAGGCUGAUUCAAGUGAGCCUUUGAAGUGGGAACUUAAGCAAAGGCCGGGCAUGAGCCCUCCUCGUGGUGGAUUCAACCCGGAAGAUCCUAAUCAGCAGAUUGUGGCAGAAGACAUAUUUGAUGAAUAUGGAGGAUUUCUGGGUGACUGUGAUAUUCCAGCUCUCCUUUCCAACUUUUCUGCUAGCAAAUCAAAGAAACAAUCCAAAAGUAAGAUCAGGCAUAAGCACACUGAGUCAGCUGUUCAUGAGGAAUCCAGAAGACAUCACAGCAGUUACCAUUUAUCCUCGGACUCCAAAGCUGAGAAGAGCAAUAGGACAUCAAGAGUCAAGAGAAAGAAAAAAUGUUCUUCUGAUUCAUCAUAUUCUGAAAGUGAGGUGGAAGCUCGAAAAAGCAAGCAUAAGUCAAAGCAUAAGCAUAAGAAGAAACACCGGUCAGAGUCUUCUUCUGAUUCAGAUGUUGAGGUUAAUGAAGAUACAAGGUGGCAUCUGAAGGCAGAUCAUAGGAAGAAGAGGAGAGAGUAUUCGGAAGGUGCACCAUCUUCCUUCUCUAAGGACAAAGGAGACACAGAAAGCAAGAGACAUUCAAGGCGCUCAAGGGAAAAGCGCCGGUACAGUGAUUCAAGUUCCUCUGAGAGCGAGAGGCAUUCAGUGCGACAGAAGGAGAAACAAUAUUACAGUGACUCAAAUUCUGAUAGGAACAAUCGACACUCAAGGAGGUCAAGGGAAAAGAGAUAUGUCAGUGACCCAAGUUCUCCUGACACCAAUAGGCACUCAAGGAGAUCGAUGGAGAAGCAGCGCCAUACUGAUGUAAGCCCGCAUGAAACCGAUAGGCAUUCAAAGAGAUCAAGAGGUAAGAGAGACUUCACCGAAUCAAGCCGCUACGAAAGCAGUAGACAUUCAAGGAGAUCAAGGGAGAAACGACACUACUCUGAUUCUAGUGCUUCUGAUUACUCAGACCCUGAUCGGUGCAAUAAUCACCAUCAUCACAGGAGAAAAUGAGUAGCAGUGCAUAUGUAGACUGCUCUCUCCACAGUAUAGAGCUAUAGAUCUAGAGAUCACCCUGUCUGUGAUGACAUUAUAGAGUGAUUGGCCCCUUUCUGAAGAUCACCAGGGUCCACGGGGAGUAUGGUGUUUGGUGGCUGCCGCAGGGCUUUGUUAUGCGAUGGUAAUGUACACUGUAAUUGAAUUUCAUCAUGUGGGAGAACGAUGAAUGUGUUUUUGUACUGUAUUCUUGUAGUAUGUUAUAGGAUUCGUCAGAACGUUAGGUGUUCUCUACCUCUAGUGCAUCAGACUGCCUCCAGUUGUAUUGUGCAGCGUGCACUCUGAAUGGACAUGAAGUCUUUGCCGAGCUUUCACUUACAUUGA